UUAAGAUGGCGGCCCCCAGCUCUUCCCGCCCUUUUUUCCGCCGCGGCGGCCGGAAGUUGCCUCAGGGCGUUUCCGGUUCCCUCCCGCCGCUCCCUCACGAAAUGGCGGCGGCCGAGGAGUUCCUCGCCUUCAACCCCGCGGGCCGCGCCGGCCCCGCCGCCGCCUCCCGGCGCCGCUGCCGCGGGCCCCGCAACCGCAAGAAGGGCUGGAAGCGCUGGAGCGGCCCCGAGGCGCGGCUGGGCCGCGAAAUCGGCGAUUUCCUGGAGGAUGUGGGGCUGCAGGAGCGGGCGGCGGGGGGCCUGAUCUCGGAGCAGCCCAACGAGGACCUUUUCUUCCUGGACACUGGCAGCGCCCCCAAAAGCCAGCCCCUGAAGAAGAAGAAGCCCCCCAAGAAGCCCCCCCAGAAGCCCCUGCACGUGGACCUGGUGCUGCAGCCGCUCUCCAAGGAGCUGCUGCUGCGGGCGCUGGAGGUGGAGACGAGGAGGAGGAGGGAGGAGGAGAAGGUGGAGAGGAGGCUGAAGGUCACCGAGGAGCCGCCCUCGCAGGUGAACCCCCAAGUUCAGGUGAACCCCAUUCAGUGGCUGAACCCCGAAUCGGGGCGCGCCCGCUGCCCGCUGCCCGCUGCCCGCAGGUUCCGGCGCCGGUUCCGGGUGAAGCUGGUGGAGAAGCGAAGCUUCCGCGCCAUCACGUGA